GCGCCGCCUAUGUAAACAUGGCGGAUGCUUCGGCGCUUGCAGCCAGCUUGAAAGAUAUCGGCGAAGUGCAUUCCAGACUGUUCGACCACAAGCCAUUCCUUCAAGGAGAAAUAAAAUAUUUCAUCAAAGAAUUCGAGGAAAAACGGAAUGAUCGUGAGGUACAGCGACUGUUCGAGAUUCUGGAGAAUGUCACCGAAAUCAGGGAAACUCAAAUUGAUCGGAUUUGCCGGAAUUCCGACCAGAAACUCUGCAACCUGACGGGAAACCUGGAAGUUGCCCUCAGCAUGUGUAACAAGAUCCUAGAAGCAGAGGACAAAAUCAACGUUGCCGAAGACUUGUCCGAAAGGAGAAAACAGCGGCAGUGUGAGUGGGAGAAGUUUAUGCAGGACAUCAAGGACAAGACUGCAAGGAUGGAUGAGGCAUUCCAGCAGAAGGAAAGGGAAGUCAUAGACCAUUUCAGGUGUCUCCAGGAGAAGCUUCAACCAAAGGCCGAAUAGCCAUAAAGGGACUGCAUUCAGCUCACAGUAUUUUCUCUUUUUCCCCAACAAGUGAGCAGUAGAGAGUUUUUGAGCAGCUACAAUCAGUUUUUAUUUACAACAGAACAAGAAAAGGACACUCUCCUGCAAAUAACAUGUUUCCACAGAGAAUACCAUGGCCUGACAAAGUAUAAAUACACAACGCAACUGUUUUGGCUUCUCGGGCAAUGGAAUUCUGCCUCGCCUAGUCUUUGGACAGAAGGCAUCGCAGCACUAAGAGAUUCGAUACAAUAAAAACAAAAUUACCGUAAAAUAUCGCAGCAGUAACCCACUUCGUUCAAGCACCCACUACUAUUAACAUUUCCCAAACUUGGGAAUUCUGCAAAUUAUAUGUUAGCUGCCAGAUUUGACCAGACAAGCGACAUGUCUAGAUUAACCCAGUUUUCACUGAAAGUGGGUGGGCACUCCCUGGGUAUGCUCUGGUAGAUGCUAGGCAAACAUCGGGCAGAUGUGCAUGCGCAAAUCAAUACAGCACAAAUUUGUAUGAAGUACCUUGGCAUAAAGCAUGACAUGUUUUCUCGUAAGAUGUACCUCUACUCAUAAGCUUUUUUUUUUUUUUUUUU